AUGAAGCAUGAACGCUCUCUGUCUACACAUCUAAAGCUUCAAGCUUUUUCCUUCUCCGAUGCCAAUUCUGUUCAGAUCCGUACCCAGAGAAUAGAGGACAGAAGAUCUCAACGUGUGUUUAGCAAAGUACAAGGAGGUGGCUUUUGUGUUGCGCUUACUUCUUUCUUCUUUAAGAAACAAUCUGGAGAAAGAGAAAAAAAAAAGAUGAUCAGUGAUCGGUCGGACUUCAGAGUUCAGAUACGGAGACUAUUUGUGGUUAUGAUAAGAAUGUGCUACAGAUGGAUCUGCAAUCAUCCCUUUCUCCUUGGUUUUGUUGGGUUUUUGUACUUUCUGCAUAGAACCUCUCCUCUUCUGUUUACGUCUUUGGUGGCUGCGUCUCCUGUUUUGAUAUGCACUUUCGUUUUGCUUGGCACAAUCUUGAGUUUUGGAGAGCCAAACAACAUACCUGAAAUCGGAAAAGAAGAAUCCGAAACUGUCCAUGAGGCUGCUCUUUUUAGAACAGAGGUUUCAAGGGAUGCUGCUACUGUUGUUGAGAGAGGGGAUAAGAGUUUUACUGUAGAGAGAUUCGUGAGCACGGAGGAGACAGACGAUGGAAAUGAUGAUGAUGCUGAAAGAUUAUUGGUGGAAAGCCAACUGAGUGAGGUUGAGGACUAUGGUCGACCGUUUGAUUACAGGCCUUUGGUUGACGAGACUCUUGAUGAGGUCAAACGGGAUACUCAUGUCAGGUUUGAGGAGAGAGCAUUUGUUUUGGAUAGAGGAGAGGAGAGAUUGUUUGAGAAUGGUGGGAAGCAAGUUUCGAAUGCAGAACAAAACGGUGGGUCUUUGGAUGAGAAGAUGGGAGAUUCCAAGGAGGAUCAGAUGGAUGUAUCUCCAGUUUCACCUUGGAGACCGAUGAGGCAUGAGGAGGACGAGGAUGAUGAUGCGGACCGUGAUGACUCGGACGUGGACUCUGGGUCUGAUGGUGCAGAGAGUUCUUCACCGGAUGCUUCUAUGACAGACAUCAUACCGAUGCUUGAUGAGCUUCACCCGCUUUUACUCUCGGAAGGUCCAGAUCGUGGUAUUGCAGACGGGGAAGGAUCAGAUGCAGCUUCAGAAGGGCCACAUAGGAGGAGUAGUAGUGAUGAAGGAAUGGAGUCUGAUGUUGAUAGUGAAAGUAGUGAAAGUCAUGGAGAAGAGGGCGACAACGAGAACGAAGAGGAGGAUGAAGAAGACGAAGAGGAUGAAGGAGAGGAAGAGGAGAAGAAGGAAGAGAAGGACGAUGAAAACAAGUCAGCAAUCAAAUGGACAGAGGCUGACCAGAAAAAUGUCAUGGAUCUAGGAAGUCUGGAGCUUGAAAGAAACCAGCGGUUGGAGAAUCUUAUUGCCAGGAGAAGGGCUCGCCACAAUAUGAGAGUGAUGGCAGAGAGAAAUCUGAUUGAUUUCGACAGUGCUGAUAUUCCCUUUAACAUGCCUCCAAUCUCAACGGCAAGGCAGAAUCCAUUUGAUCUUCCGUAUGAUCCGUAUGAUGAUAUGGGAUUACCACCUAUCCCUGGCUCUGCUCCGUCCAUUAUGUUCGCUAGGAGAAACCCUUUUGACAUUCCAUAUGAGCCAAAUGAAGAAAAGCCAGACCUCAAGGGUGAUGGUUUCGAUGAAGAGUUCACUCCUCAACCACCAAAGGAUCCAGUGUUCAGAAGACAUGAGAGUUUUAGUGUCGGUCCAUCGACGCUCGGAGGUCCUAGACAUGAUAGGCUACGGCCUUUCUUUGUGCUAGAAAGAUUAGCAAAUGAGGGAACGAGCUAUCAUCAUCCAUUUGAAAGGCAGCUCAGUGAAGUCAGUGAAUCAAAAAUCAGUUCUGUUCCUGAUACUGAAUCUGUGUGCACAAUCCUGGAGGAUGAUGAAAAGAAGGUGGAUGAACAUGAACAUGAUACUGAUCGAGAAACCGAAACCGCUAAAGCUGAGAUGGCUUCUGACAAUGAUGAAGAGAAAAGCCAUUCGGCUGCUUCUGACCAUGAAGAAGGAAAAAGCCAUUCAGCUACUGACCGUGAAGAAGAAAAAAGCCGUUUGUCAGAAGAUUCCGAUUUUGAUGAACCAGCUGAUAGCAGAGAUCUUCAUCAUGAUGUGGCGGAGAUAAUACUGGGAAGUGCAGAAACACACCAUGAGCAAUCAGACAUGAUGGACGGAGAAACUUCUGAAAAUAGAAUACUUGAUGAUGAAGAGGGUUCCAGUGAUAGCGAUUCAUCUUUAUCAGAGAAAGAAGAAAAGACACCGGAUAUUAGUGAUAGUGAAGCAAUGUUGAUUUCAGAGCGGGGAGUUGAUCUUCAUGAAGAACCAGGUACUUCUUCCCAGCCUUCUUUUGGAGGAUUAGCAAUCCAUGUGGCAAGAGGGGUGGAGGAUGAUUAUCACCAUGCUGAAGACUCUUUCAUUACUGCGCACCCCUCGCUUUCGGAGUCGGCAAUUCUUGAUCUUUUGGUGGACGACCACCACGAAGAACCUGUUUACGAUUCGAGUCCUCCCUCAGGCAGUAGAUUCCCAUCAUUUUCUUCCGUAUCUUCUUCUGAUUACAAACCAGAUCUACCUAGAAAGAAUGGGGAAGAAGUACAAGAGAAUGCAGAAAAAGAAGGUGAAUUUUAUUCUGAAAGCAUAGGUUCUACGGAAAUUCAUUCCACUUCCGAUGAGACCGAAACAAGUACUAUGGAAGUAGGAGUGGCUAGCAGGCAUGUUACUGGAGAGGCAAGCUUUCCCAUUCAGGAGCUUGGAACUGAUGGUCAAAAUAACUCAACUAUUUCAGGGUCUGAAUUUGAGGAUGCUUUACUUGAUCCAUCUUCUCUGCCUUUGGAUAAGAAUGAGAACGCUGAUCACCAGGAGGAUGAUCACUUGUCUGUUUCUAGUGAAGAGGGCGUGGGAGAGCUGCAUGAAGACGUAAAAGAGACCGAGAACACUGAUCACCAGGAGGAUGAUCAUUUGUCUGUUUCUAGUCAAGAAGACGUGGAAGAGCUGCAUGAAGAUGUAAAAGAGACUGUAGAUACAAGAGCGCUAGAUGUUAGUGCAUCUUCGGUGGACUUGGUUUCUCCAACGGAAGAGGAAUUAGUAUCGACUGGGGUGGUUGAACAACAGCUCCCAAUUGACACAAGCGAGCAUGUGACAACACUGGAAGAAUCACCUGAUGUGGUACAUGACGUAGCUGAAACUUCAGAAACCAGGUCAGUAGAUGAAGGGAUAAUGAACGAGGAAGAGGAAGCGCAGAAACAAAAAGAUGAAGCCAAUCCUCAAACAUUCAAUGCAGACAUCCCAAUAGACAGUUACUCCACUUUGUCUUCCGGAGCGGUUGAGUAUGUUGAGACUCAUUCGUUUAAUGACGAAGAUGUUCCGCAGUUGGAACAAGAUCCAGGUCAGUCGUCAGCUUCUGAAGCCAAGGAAGAAACUCACCCCAACCAAACUAUGGAUAUCGAAGUAGACUCUGUAAAUGCUAGUGCCCAAAGUGUGGGCUCUGGAGAAACGACUCCAUCUGAAUCAAAUAGAGAACUGACCUGGUCAGAUAAAUCUGUGGUAGAGCAAUCAUCUCUUGAACCUGAUGAAGAUCAAGUAACAACUCGUGCAGGUCCUGUUAGUGUGGUCUUUUCCCGCAACAUCACUUUCCACGAGUAUCACGAUGCCCCUGAGGAUGCAGACGAGUUAUCUUGUUUGACGUCUGACACAUCCUCAUCUCCAGCAGAGUCUCCUCAGUACGAAACACCUAUGGUUGGUGAAGGCUCAAGGACAGAGUUCUUCCAUGGGGGUCUUGGCCAUGUGGUAGAGCGAUUAGACGAGCUUACAGAUUUACAUGCAGUAUCUCAAAGUCCUCCUGAAGUUAUCACUGAAGAGGCAGAGGCAGACGAGAUAAAAGAGAUUGAUGAAGGAUUGUUGUCUGAACUUGACACCAUUGGAGACUUCAGUGUUAAGGAAGUUGUGACAGAUUCUGAACCUGGACCAUCUUCAGAACGAUUGUUGUCUGUGGCUGACACUAUUAGAGACUUGGGUGUUGAGGAAGUUGUGACAGAUUCUGAGCCUGGACCAUCUUCAGAAGGGUUGUUGUCUGAGGCUAACAAGAAUAGAGACUUGGGUGUUAAGGAAGUUGUGACAGAUUCUGAACCUGGACAGUCUUCAAUAGAAUCAGAAGGAUUGUUGUCUGUGGCUGACAAGAGUAGAGACUUGGGUGUUGAGGAAGUUGUGACAGAUUCUGAACCUGGACCAUCUCCAGAAGGAUUGUUGUCUGUGGCUGACAAGACUAGAGACUUGGGUGUUGCGGAAGUUGUGAUAGAUUCUGAACCUGGACCGUCUUCAGAAGGAUUGUUGUCUGAGGCUGACAAGAAUAGAGACUUGGGUGUUAAGGAAGUUGUGACUGAUCCUGAACCUGGACCAUCUUCAAUGGGAUCAGAAGAAACUCCAGAGAAAUCGGAGGAAAGCAUUGCAGAAGAGAAGGUAAAUACUGAUGAGAAGAAGGAGAGUGAGUAA